ACGGUAGCAACGAUGUCGUUCACUUUUCAUUAAUCAUACGAUUGUUGGCAUCGAAUCGAGAAGCAAACUAAGAGGAGUUGCAAGUGUAAUUUUCAGCGAAAACUAACCGAAAGUGAAUUAGCAGAAUCAUCAAGCGAUUAAUUCAACCCCAAUUUAGCCCAUUCUAAAUAAGAAAACUCACGACGCAGUCAGGAUAUCAACAUCAGAGCUACUGUACCACACGACCGCUGAUAGCGAGCGUGCGUGUGUAUGUGCGAAAAAUUGCGCGAAGAUCCUUAAAAACCGUAAAAGAGCGUGACACGUGACACGGUUGAAAUAAAAUAGGUUACCCCCGGGUAUUUGCCGGUCGGCCUUGAGCGCGCGACUUUGUGGUGUUGUUCGUGGAGCUUGUGAAAGCUUGAAUGGUAGCAGAGUGAUUGUGCAUUUUUGCAUCUUUUGGUUGGUUUUACGUCUCGAAAUUAUUCUUCAACGAAACGAUUAAAUUGAGCAAAAAAUAAGCGGAAACAAAACUACUUCAAUACCCGGUGUAUGUGUGCUUGACGCAGAGAACUGUCUCACAACGGCGCAUCAUUUACUCCAGUGGGAGAAAUUUAUCUUAAAGUGUGCAUGAAGAGAAAGAUGAAGAAGUGAGGCAAGCAAGCGCGGAUGCCGUUUCAAAUGAACAUUAACAGAAAGGCAUGAGAAUAAAAGACUUGAUUGGUUACUCAACACAGUGAGAGGAAGACAAGUGCAGUGGGCUUUCGAAACUGUAUUACCAGAAUCUGGCGAAUCGGUUGGCUUCACCAAAAGUGAAAAGUGCAUUCGAGUUACUCCAUGGAACAAUUAUAGCAACCCAAAGAAAGAGGAGUUCAAAUGACACUUAAGCUGAGAUAGCGCAAGUCUCCAACAGGAAGAAAGAGAGAGAGAGAAAGAAACAAAAAAAGAUAGAAAGAAAGAAAGAAAGAAAGAAAGAAAAAGAGAGGGAGAGACAGAGCGAAAAAAUAAUACACAUAACAGAUGAAAAACUUCUGUACUCAAGUCAAAAGUCGAUGUUGAAAAUCAACGACAUAUAGGCAGUGGCCGAGAACAUAACCGCGGCACAGUGAUUGUGGAAAAUAGUCUUGUAGCGAUAUAUUGUGUUUAAGGUGAAUAAUUUAUAGUGGAAGAAACGAGGUAGCGACGACUGGAACACAACGUAACGUGGUGGAGAAACAAAGACCCCACGCGCAGCACUACGUUUUGUGUUUGAAAACAACGCGACUUGGGGCGAAAAACAAGAGUUUGUGCUGAAUUAUAUUUUUUUAAUUUUUAACUCUCAUCGUGGCCUGCAAAGCAAAUUAAGUAGUACACACAGUAGUCCAGGGGAGCAGAAAGCAGAACAAAAAACACUGCUGCACAAACACUACCACUUCAUCGGAGUAGCACGGAGAUCACCAGAAGUAGUCAUGAUGACUGAAACGUUGAAUUCGAAUAAUCACCUCAGCCAAAAAGGCGAGAAUAACAAAGUUGGCGACAUGGGAUGGAAGGCCAAACUUAAAAUACCGCCCAAAGAUACUAGGAUUAAAACUAGCGAUGUUACUGAUACCCGCGGAAACGAGUUCGAAGAGUUUUGCCUGAAGCGGCCACUGCUGAUGGGCAUUUUUGAGAAGGGCUGGGAGAAACCGUCCCCGAUCCAGGAGGCGGCUAUCCCGAUAGCACUGGUUGGUAAAGACGUACUGGCACGAGCAAAGAACGGUACCGGUAAGACUGGAGCGUACAGCAUUCCUGUACUAGAGCAGGUCGAUCCGACCAAGGACUAUAUUCAGGCCCUUAUAAUCGUGCCCACUCGAGAGUUGGCCCUACAAACGUCACAGAUUUGCAUCGAGCUGGCGAAGCACAUGAAUAUUCGCGUCAUGGUCACUACCGGCGGAACUAAUCUCAAGGAUGACAUCAUGAGAAUAUAUCAAAAAGUUCAAGUGAUUAUCGCCACUCCGGGCCGUAUACUCGAUCUCAUGGACAAAGAGGUGGCUAACAUGUCCCAGUGUCGAAUGCUAGUAUUAGACGAGGCAGACAAACUGCUGUCGCAGGAUUUUAAAGGCAUGCUGGAUCAUGUCAUUAUGAGAUUGCCAAAGGAACGUCAAAUCCUACUCUUUUCGGCGACAUUCCCAUUAAGUGUGAAAAACUUCAUGGAGAAGCAUCUGCGCGAUCCGUACGAGAUCAAUCUGAUGGAGGAGCUAACGUUAAAAGGCGUCACGCAAUACUAUGCUUUCGUGCAGGAACGCCAGAAAGUGCACUGUCUUAAUACGCUCUUCUCGAAGCUGCAGAUCAAUCAAUCGAUCAUCUUCUGCAAUUCGACCCAGCGUGUCGAACUGCUGGCCAAAAAGAUUACAGAGCUGGGAUACUGCUGCUACUAUAUACACGCUCGGAUGCAGCAGGCCCACCGGAAUCGAGUGUUCCACGACUUCCGAUCGGGUCUGUGCCGCAAUUUGGUCUGCUCCGAUCUCUUCACUCGUGGUAUCGACGUACAGGCUGUGAACGUUGUUAUUAAUUUUGAUUUUCCGAAGAUGGCGGAAACCUACUUGCACAGAAUCGGUCGAUCCGGACGGUUUGGUCACUUGGGUAUCGCCAUUAACCUAAUCACCUAUGAGGAUCGUUUCGAUCUUCACCGCAUCGAGAAGGAGCUGGGCACGGAGAUUAAGCCCAUUCCGAAAGUAAUCGAUCCGGCAUUGUACGUACCGCGGCCGGACGAUCCAAACAGUGCGCAGGAGGAGCAGAAUAUUAGUAAAUAAGUCCGGAAGUUUUGAGAGGACUAGAAUUGCUGCCGGUAUUGAUGAGAAGAGAGUGUGAUAUUCAAAAGGCAUAGAUUGUGGAGAGUACAAAAUGAAUGGAGUUUGGGAUUGGAAAAGAGACAGUGUAGACAAUGAGGAAGAUCUGUUGAGAUGCGGAACACGAAAAUAUUACGAAUUUCUAUAAAGCGAAAAUCGUUUUACUCAAAUCAAAUAGCAAACUCCAAGUCAAACGAAUAUAACCGCUAAACGAUUGAUUUAAAGGGUAACGCCGACACGAAGACUAAACAAAGCAAUAUCGCCUGUCAGUUGGAAAUAAUGGUUUUUGAGACACAGAUAUGGACUUUGGAGGAACCAAACUUAGUGGAACUGAGUUGUGUAGCACAAAAUGCGGGGGAAAUGUGUGAGUACAGUGUGCAAAAUACUUCAUUAGUCCCUGAUUGCGAGGCUCUAAAAGGUGAAACGCAAAUCAUUUAAACCCAUGCGCUAAUGCUGCAAAGAAAUGGUUGAACACGAUUACUCACGAAAUCCAAAUUUUCGCAACUGAAACAUUAUUUCAAGCAUUAGACUUCCUACCACAAUUAUCCGGUUCCCGGGUCAGCAUUAUUGAACAGAGGGAGUAGUGAUAAAAUGGCUGGAAAGGUGUGAUUUGAAACCAUCACUUUCACCCCUAUUGACGUGCACACGGACGUUAACUCGUGACUUUGACACUAUUGGGUCACAAAGCGAAAGCGCCUUUGUGCGUCUUUUGCGCCAUUUUUCCACUGUCUGUUGAAACAUGAUUAGAGAUGAGAGUCCAAACAGUUUUCGUGUUAGGUUAAGAGGGUGUUUUGGAUCAGUUUCAUUGAAUUUACUCGAAAUUGAUUCUCUUUUUUAUGCCACUAAAACAACUAACAACACACCUGAGCAACAUUACACAUGUCGUACUAUCAACAGAUCGGUCGAGUGGGACAAUUAGAUUGAACACGAAGAAUACACCCCAGACAAAAGCAUCAUCGAUAAUGUCUUAUGAAAGCGAACGGCGAGCCGAACUGAGGCAUCAUAUAAAGAUAAAUGAAGGGCGCAGAACAGAACAAAUGGAAGUGAAACAUGAGAUAAAGAGAAAGUUAUAUUGAAGACUAAAGAGAGUAGCAAAAGACAACAGAUCAGAUGUUGGAACAGAGAUAUCCACAAACGGCAAAACAAACCCACAAUACAAUGGAUAAGAAGUCUGAAACUUGUUGAUUGAUUGGAGAAAGAGAGGAUGGGAGAAGAUAGCAGUAUCUCCUCCAUAUUUCUGGAAGUUUUGAUUUUUAUCAACAGCUAGUAGUUUUGAUUUGUGCGCCGCAUUUUCUGCAUUGAAAAUCGGUUGUCUAAUUGAAUAUAAUAUGUACGCUAAGGUGUAGCUUUCCUUUCAAUCCCCCGAAGAACGCAGGAGCGCGGCUGAGGUCCUACCGCGUAGUACCAUCAGCAACACAAAUUGUAGAAUAGCUGCUGAAUGGCGGAAAGUCUGAUUGUGAGGGCCAAUAGUGACUAAACAAUACCAGAAACUAUUUGCCUCUCUUGUGUGCAUGUGUAAACGGAGUGCGUCUGAAAGUCGGGGGGCGUAUGAGUGUGUAGUUGUUGUAGUUUUACUAUUUUUCUCCUUGUACAGUUAAAAAGACCCCGGGUGGGAUUAUUAGGAGGGACAUGCAUUGAAACUUAAAAAAUCAAGAACGGUGCGCGUACCGUACCGCAAGCGGAUGGAACCUAUACCCGGUUCUUCAGAAUAAUUGUACAUAUGUAUGUACAGUAGCGACUAUAUAGCGAUUAUGCAGACCCGGAGAUGAAGUUCUAAAUCCACAUGAAACAAUGUACAUUCUUUGGAGAAAGCGACAGGAAAUGGCAUUGGUGCGAAACAUGCGAUGAAAACUGGCCUCAACAGCAAGCCGAUGGUCAGCGCACAGCCACAAACGGAGGGCCGCACAUACUACAUACUUUCCCUGUUCGUAUACAGCCAAGCUGGAACAAUACAAGUCAUAUUCAAACACCCGGGCUCUGGUCGAGUUGUGCAUCAACAAAGUGUAUUGUGUGUAAAGACGGAAGAAGGCUGAGGGAAAAAAUCGAGUAAAUGAGGGUUCGCAAGGCCCUUUUGACAGUUCUUGGAUAUGUUUUCGAACCGACGACAAUGUGGUGCAAGUCCCUGAUCUGGUGUGCUUUUGUGAUGGUUUAUAGAAGAGACACAGCCGAGAGGGUGGCAAAUGAAAAUAGUCUACCGCGUAUGUGGAUGGGAAAUUGCGCUCAUCUUAUUGCAUGAGUUGGAAAAAACGAUUUACCAUUGCCGUGUCGAAUCGGACAUUUGAGUUUCAGGUUCGACGACAAUAUUUCGCCAAAUGAAUCCGGUAGCACUACGAAUAAUAGUAAAUUCAACAAGCCAUCCGGGAGCUGCAGGUCCACUGAACAGACCACGAUAGAAAGCGUGACGCAUCAAGGAGGUAUCACCCUUCGAUGAAUGAAAAGAUGUUCAAGAGCAGUUUGCACUGGAUUCUAUACAUUCAACGUGCGCCUCAACACAUCGUGGGAUGUAACACGAAGCAAAUGUAUAGAAAAACAAAUGAAUUGUACACGAUCGCGUGCAAAGUUUUCCGUUAGGAAAUGAACUUGAAAGGCGCACUUUCGGCAAACUAGUUUAGGAAAAUGAUGAUCGCGGAUGAGUGUCUGAAACGAGUCGAUGGACCCCGGAAUGGAAAUCUUGUGCGCGAAUGAUGUAAUAAUUUAUGAAAAAGAAUGAUGACUGCACGUGGCUGUAUGAAUGGGCGGUCACGUUUGUACGCAUGUGGAUACGAUGAAUGAUUGGAAGUGAAAGUGUAUUUUUAAAACAAAGUUAGUGAAAUUGAUGAAAAGCACAUGGCGGGAACAAAUGAAAUGGCGUUUAGGUGAAAUGCCUGCACCCGUCAUGUGGGCGGCGGUGGACUUCUACCAUCGAAAGCGGCAGCGUGGAAUGCAUUCCUAUUGAGAUGCGACAGUGUCACUCUUGUGCAUCACGAAUUCGCAGAUGAUUAAUAAUCGUAGUAGGCUCUCUUCUUUUAGAAACGAUUUUCCUUCUUCCACUCCACGCUGCUAGUAAUCUUGAAGCUUCCUCUACUUCGAUGGAGGAACGCAAAAUUUGCGGAGAAAUCAAUUAGAGGGCAUAUUUUUGCGGUAUUGGUCGGGAUGGUAAAAUUUUCAAAAGUAUCUCCAACAUCUUUGCAACAAUAUACCAACCACAAGUAGGCAAUGAGCAUUUCCGAUGAGAUUCGUGCGACAGCUUCCAACAACAUCUAGUAAGCUGAGUCGCGCGUAAACGUUGCUCUGAUCAAUUGCACUUUUAGUAGCAAAGGUGAACCAAAAAUGGAAUCUUCAGUUGGAGAAAUUUGCCGUCCACCAAAUCAACUACCGCUACGAAUAACAAACCGAGACUUAUACGUCCCCUUCGAAGAUCGAAAAAGUCAAUUGGCCAGUGAAAUUGAUUACUGCUUGACAUUCAUUCUCGGCAGUUCAUAGUUGAUGAAACCUCAUGGGUAUUAUUCGGCCACCACCAGACUAGUAACAUAAAAACAGAAACACCUUUUGGCCAAUCGUGGCAAACAACUGCACUAUACGCGCAACUAAAAUCCCAAGGUUGGAAGAGAGUCGAGGGAUAUCAUAAAAAUAGGAAAUUAACAAUUACUUCAAACGUACCUGCAAUUUACACGAAGACAAUUAUAAAGUGAUGGCAAAACAGACUAAGAACUAUAAUUCUUGUUUGAACACACGUAGAAGCGAGAGUUUGGGGAAGGAGUUUGUAAUACUUUUGAUCGUCAAUCAGUUCGGGUCCGGCAGGAAUAAUCUUUUGCUCAUCCUAGGACAUUUAGCCGUAAAACUUUGAUUUUUGUUCAACUUUGUUUUCUUCACACGCGCCUUAUAAGCUCAAAAAUGGCAAUGUUAUGCUCUUUUUCGUUUUACAAAUUAAACCGGGUGUUUGGUAAGCUUUUCUUUUCUUUUGAAUUAUAGAGGCGUUUGGUAGGCUUUAUAAAUACGGGAAGGUACAAAGUGCCACCUUUUGAUGGAUUUAUAGCGAAUGUGUCCCUUUUAGUUUGAUCAUAGGUUGGUUUGAUACUUCAAUUGGCGAUCGUUGCCACAAAAAUCCUACAAUAUCAUCGGGAUAUGUCCUGCCGGCCCCUACUAGAUGACAGGGCUGAGUGAAAAGUUUGUCACUGAUGACAGUUGAACAAACAUUUUAUAUACAUACGGCAAUCUGUCCGUUCGUGAAAGGGGAAGAAGAAGAUGCAAAAAGUGCAUUAACAAAACAAAAACUGAAGAUUCCUCACAAAUCAAAGCUAAGUUUUCAGUCUUUCCAUCAAACGGGUGACAAACAACCCUCCGUUCGUCCGGUACUAGUUUUUUUUACUAACUUGCACUUGCAGGUUUUCUCUCAACCUCCACUUGACGGACUCUUCUAGUUCGGGAGUAAUCAUGUCGAAACUUCAAAAAAGGUUCCAAGCUGCCGUUAUGUAAUUGAACCCAAUUUUUCAGUACUACAAAAUUAAUCCACAAUGCAAUUGAAUGAAUGCGCCCGAGAGAGUGCAUCAAUAAAAACAUUCACUCUAUAAUCUUCAAGUUUUCGCUCCCUUCAAUACAGAGGGGCGCAAAAAACCUACAAACGGAGGAGAAGUUUGUUCACUGAAAGAUAGCAGUUUUUAUUAGCUUUGAUUUGUGUCGCUCGCACGAUGCAAUCUUGUGUGGACUCAAGCGCAAUGGGAAUAGUUAGGCAACAUUCAGAUCUCAUCAUAAAAUUCCAUCUUAUGGUGCUAUCCGUCACACAUCGGAAGAAGAGUAUUUUAUACCACUUAUAUUAUACAUGAAUGUGCUGAAUAUGCCGCAGCCAGCAGAGAGGUAAACCUUUCUAAAGGAGAUAGGGCAGUAUCGGAGCAACGGAAACUCUUCCUUAUCCAAAUCUACUCCUCGUGGGCAAACGUGGAGACGCUUUACAGAUUCUUUCGAUGAUUGUCGUACAAAAUUAAAGAACAACCACCACAAACCACGUUUUAGAACGUUCCAUCAAACUCAAAUGAACUCUCUUAUGGUGUAUCAGAUUAGUUGAAUAACAAUACAUAGAACAUGAAGGCGAAUAAGUGUCGUCCAGCAUCAAAAACAUCAAUCUACAACAAUAUCGAAAGAGUGAGUGAUACGCAACUUAUAGCAGGGAACAAGUGCGUCGGUGCUAAAACGUUGAGCUCUAUGCCAAACAGCGCCGCAAAGUUGCAAGCAGAUCAAACAAUCAUUAAACAACAACAGUCCGAUGCCAGUCUGGUAUGUGCGUUUCUUGCAAACUGCGCCGUGCCAGAUAUGACAAUGCAAAUCAUUCGAAACGAUUUAUAUUCGCCAAUCACCCCGAGAAAUGGAACUAUAGAACGACAAAAACGUGAGAAUCCGAACGGUACCUGACAUUUGUAACACGCACGUAGGAAUAGGCUUAGGAAAGGUUUUUAGCUCACGACGGUAAUGUGUUGAGGAAGGUAGUAGAUGCGAAGAAAAUGGAAAAUUUGGCCCGCAAAAGAUCGACGGCCACGAAACCAUUGACCAAUAUCAACAAACGCCAUCAAUGUCCAGCAAAGUUGCAUGAAAAAAUAAUCUCAUCGGAAAAAAAGAAUAAAACUGCUAUCGA